AACAAAAAGAGGGAGGACACAUAGGAAAUAAAUCUAGAGUGAUGACAGGUGGGAAGAUUCGUUCCAUGUUGCUAGCUCAUUACUCUCCUAAAUUAGCUUCCCCCAACCGUUGAACCUUCGUUUACUCUCUCUCCCUCCCUCUCUAUCUCUCUCCCUGCAACAACUUCCUCUUCCUCUUCUAUUCCAUUAUCAUCCACCCCAAUUCUCUCUCAUUUCUCAUUUACAAUCUCGGAGAGAAAGAGAGAGAAAGAGAUUCCCAUUUUUCAUUUUUCAAUUCUCUCUUUCUCUCCUCCUCUAAAACGACCCCCAUUUUUGCGUUUUUGGGGGCUGAAACGCCAAAAACCCUAGAUGCCUUCAUUCUUGAUUUCCCAUCGUUAUAAUCAUCAAUCAACGAUUUUGAUUUGUACCCAUUUCGAUUCCGCGGGAUCUUUUCGUUAAUAUUGGAAUUUUUUUCACCUGGGUGUAGAUGUGGAGAAAACCCCUUUUGUAUUUACAAACCCUAAUAAUUUGUAUUGGAAUCCCAAAUUGUUCGAUUGUUAUUCUUGUUCCAUGGAUUCUUCUUCCACAUUUUCGCCAUUGGGAUUUUUGAUUUUCGGUUUUUUUCUUAGCUUUUAUGCUUUUGUUGUUCAAUCUCAGAUAUAUGAAGGAAACGAUUCUCAAUUUCAACCACAACAACCACAACAACAACCGCCUGUUUUUAUGAUGUCACCUUCUCCACCUCCGCCUCCACCACCUCCGCCGCCACCACCUCCUCCACCACCUCCUCCUCCGCCAUCCUCACCACCACCUCCUCCUCUGGAUCCCAAUUCCGCUCCCUCACCUUCCUCACCCCAAGGCCAUCACAUUCCUCCCAAAGACGAUAUUCGGAGCCCCGACCCCGACGAAAUAAGAUCACCACCUCCUCCACACCACCGUCACCGCCGCCAUCACCACCGUGUUUAUAUUCCGCCGCCACCUCCGCUUCCGCCUCUGCCGCCACAAGGAAUGAAUGCUGGGAAAAAGGUGGGACUUUUGUUCCUCGGCAUUGCGGCGGUUCUUCAGGUUGGUAUGGUUGGGUUCUUGGUAAUCAAAAGGAGACAGCUUUUGAAUAGCAGUGAUGACAGAUACGAGAAUUCUUCUUCUUGAUAAAAAUUUACUCACUUUUGUUAUUAAUUCUUUCUUCAUUUUAAUGGGUUGAAAUUAUUCUUUGUUGGUGGAGGAGAUUCUGCAUAGGGAAAUGUUUGGGUUUGUGGAAUCAUUGGAACAAUUGGUGGUACUCUUUGUAUAUUGUUAUUGUUAGUUUACCUUUCCCUUUCACAUUUCAUGUAAACUUUUUCUUUUUUUUUCCAUUUUAGUUACAUUUUACAUUGGGUUAUACUACUAAUGAGAAACAGAAGAAGCCCUUUUGUUGUACUUCUUUGGUUUUUGUUCUUGUUGUUGUUCUCUAACAUGUUUAAUGUACAAUGAUGUUGUUGGGAGUAUUUGAUGGAUUAACAAUAUACAAUCUUAGUGUUACAUUUUGUUUUCUAGUUAA